AUGGCAGGCCCAAUGCGGCUCAAACUCCGCCAUAUCCACCUCCCCGGCCUGGUCCCCUAUGCCACGGCCGCCCGCCUCCAAGAAACACUCGUCUCGCGCUUCCUAGCCGCAAAGCCGCCGUCAAGCCAACCCGCACCUCCUCCCCACCUGAUCACCGCAAACUUCCACCCAGUCUACACGUGCGGCCGCCGCGAAAUCGGCAGCAUAUCCGAGUCACAGCAAGCGUACCUACGCGCGUCCAACCGCGCCGACUUUGUCGAAGCCCUGCGCGGCGGGCAAACGACGUUCCACGGGCCGGGCCAGCUGGUCGGGUACCCGAUUCUCGAUUUGCGCACCCACAAGCUGACACCGCGCCACUACGUCUGUUUGCUGGAGAAAAGCCUGAUUGCGACGUGUGCGCGGUUUGGCGUCAAGGCUAUCACCACGGAGCAUACGGGUGUGUGGACGUCGCCCGACGAUAAGAUUGCGGCCGUGGGUGUGCACAUGCGGCGCAAUGUCACGAGUCAUGGUGUCGGGUUGAAUGUUAGUACGGAUUUGUGGUGGUUUGAUAGGAUUGUGGCGUGUGGGCUGGAGGGGAAGCGCACGACGAGUUUGGAGAGGGAGGGCGUGGAGGGUUUGAGUGUGCAGAGUGUUGGAGAAGUGUUUGUGGAGGAGGUUGCGCAGAGGCUGGAGGGUGUGGAUGGGGUGGAGAGCGUGCCGGAAGAGGAAGUUUUGGAUAUGUUGAGGAGUUGAUAUUGGAGGUGGGAUAGAGUUUAUUUGGAGCAUUUUGGUGUGUUGAGGAUGGAUGAGGUAGAAGGAUCGCUUGAUACCCUUGCAAUUUUGCGGUCGAGUUAUCGUGAUGGGAAUGGGCUGUGUUGUAUCGGCAUAUCACCAUUGGGGCGUUGCACGUAUCACGAACUUUCAGAGAAGGCUGGAUAUUUGCAUGCUGGCUUCAAGCUCCAAAGCCAUAUACUG